AUGGUCGAAGUCAAAGAAAUUACCAUAGCCCAAGCACAAGAUGGUUUCAGACGCGGCGACUUCACCGCCAAGGAUCUGGCCACUACGUUCCUUGAACGCAUCGAGAAGCUCGAUAAAGCCGGCCCGCGCGUCAACGCAACAUUGGCCAUGUCGACCACAGCACUUGACGACGCCGCAGCCCUGGAUGAAUACUUCCGGAACACCAAAAAGUUCAAGGGCAGACUCCACGGCAUCCCUGUAUUGGUGAAGGAUCAAGCCGAUACCAAGGGGAUGGUGACAACCUACGGCUCAGACGUAACUCGAAACAAUAUCCCUGACGAGGAUGCCACCGUCGUCACCAAGUUGAAGGAAGCUGGUGCCGUCAUUCUAGGGAAGACCACAAUGGCGGAGUGGGCAGCAGUCUGGUACUCUGGGAACGCCGCGACUAAUUAUGAGUACACCAAAAACCCAUACAAUCUGAACCACGACGUGAGUGGUUCGUCAGGAGGUUCGGCCGCUGCAGUUGCUGCCAAUUUCACCGUCCUCGCUGUGGCAGAGGACACGGGAGGUUCGAUCCGGGUGCCCAGCUCAUUCUGCAAUUUGGUGGGCAUCCGCGUCACCCCAGGUCUCAUAUCGCGCCAUGGCUUCUGCCCGCUGAUCAAGAACCACGAUACACCAGGACCAAUGGCAAGAACUGUUACCGAUUGUGCCCUGAUGCUCGACUGCAUGGUAGGGUUUGAUCCGAAAGACGACUUCACGGGCUUCGCAGCAACAGCAGCAGCCCUUGGCCUGCCGAGCAACGGAAGCUACGCCGCAAAUCUCGACCAAGGGCCCUCGAGGUUGAAGAAAGCGAAAAUCGGCGUCGUAAGACAGCGCUUCGGGCCCGUUUGCGAUCCGUACUGCAAAGCCGUCAACACGGUCAUAUCGGCGGCGAUGGACAUGCUAUCCAGUGCCGGCACGACAUUUAUCGAUGUGCACAUCGAUAAUCUCGACCAUUACCUGGAUUACACGCAGACAUAUACGAUUCGCUCUCGCAGUGAUAUCAACGAGUUCCUGGCGGCGAAGCCCCAUCUCCCGCAGGACAUCGCCGACAUCUUGCCAAAAGAACCGCCAAAGCAUUUCAUGGAUUUUUUGUGUGCCGUGGCGCAUGGACCGAAAGACCCCCAGGACGACCCGACUUAUCUAGACAGGAUACUGCAGCGGGAUGAGUUGAAGCGCAAGUUGGAUUGCCUCAUUGCAUCGCUCGGCCUGGACGCUCUCACGCUGCCCGAUGUUCAAGUCCCGCCGCCACAUUUCGAGGACUGGACCAAGAACGGUCGUUUUGAGGGGAAGGAGUUCCCGACGAACACGUUUUUGGCAUCAAUGACCCGACUACCGGCUGUGACUGUAUCGGUUGGCUUCACGGAGAACGGGUUGCCUGUGGGUAUUGAGUUCAUUGGUUUGGAACAUCAAGAACAACACUUGCUCGAGUUGGCGAGAGGGGUAGAGGUGAUUGUUGCGGCAAGGAGGGCGCCGCCAGGGCCAUUGUAG